GUGUGUGAGUGAGUAGUGAGUAAUGACAGCUCAAUUGUUCGCUUUGUUUAAGCUCCUUUUCUUCAUGUUUUCUGAAUGAUAAUGUUAAAUUUAAGUACGCCUAUUCCUUGGUUCGCUUUUGUGACUCAAUUUAUUAGCCAAGCUUCGUUUCUUCAAUUAUCUCCAAUCGUUUGUGGUGUUUUGCUAUUCGCUGAUAAGGCACUGAUUUACUGACUCUUUUUGAUUCUACAAAUCUUUAUCAAAAUCUCAAGUACUUUCUAAUGUUUUCUACCGUGCAAUUAUCGUGACAUUUGCGUCAUACCGCUGCAACCAAAGUGAUACGUUAAAAUUUAUGAAACUGUCAAUUAUGUCCACUUUUAUACUCUUAUCAAUGAAAGCUCCAUGAAGAAUGGCAGAGGACAAUUAUACCUACCCUCUCCACGAAAAUGUUUUCUUCGGAAAUAUCGUCAAGCUGAAUGCUUUAGUAGAAAGCGAAGCUCAUGACAUUGCUCAAAAAGAUAAGCAUGGAAAUACUCCGUUGCACUUGGCGGUUAUGCUCGGCAGAGAAGCCUGUGUGUAUUUACUACUCAAGUAUGGUGCUCCUGUGAAGAUAAAAAAUGCUGCCGGUUGGAGUCCACUGGCAGAGGCCGUCAGCUAUGGAGACCGUCAAAUCAUAUCAUCGUUAGUCCGAGCUCUCAGGCGGCAAACUCGGGAGCAAAUGGAAGAACGUAGACCAAAUUUAGUUACCGCUCUCAAACAAAUGGGUGAUUUUUAUAUGGAACUGAAGUGGGAUUUUCAAAGUUGGGUACCACUGGUGUCUCGCAUCCUACCGUCUGACAUCUGUCGCAUUCACAAAAAAGGUUCCUCAAUACGUCUUGAUACUACUCUUGUUGACUUUAAUGAUAUGCGAUGGGAGCGAGGGGACAUAAGUUUUUUGUUCAAUGGUGAUGUGAAACCCAAUCAGUCAUUUACGGUGCUUGAUAAUCAAGCUCAAAGUUACCAAAGAAUCAGGAAUGAGGAAACUGAUCUUGAAAUUGAGGAUGAAGUUGAUCUCCUAAUGAGUAGUGAUAUAACAGCUCCACAAAUGUCCACCAAAUCAAUAACAUUCACCAGAGCCAAGUCUGGAUGGUUUUUCAGACAGGAUAGAACUGAAUUGGUUGGGCCUUUCCAUGCUGAGUUCUACUCCAUAAAUGGAAUGAUACUGGAAUCUAGGAAACGCAGGGAGCAUUUGUCAGAAGAAGAUCUGCAAAAAAACAAAGCAAUCAUGGAAAGUUUCACCAAAGGGAACGCACAGCAACUUGCAGGCGAAGCUGAAUAUGUUCGAAGAAAAUCCCUAACACGGCCACCAGAGCCUAAAGUGACAUGGCAAGAAUAUUUAAAUGCUCCCGCAGGAGAACCUCCUAUUUUAGGUCGUCAACUAGUCUAUAAGAACACCAGUAAAGUUUAUAGAGCAACUGUUGGCAUGAGUCCAGAUUUUCCUUUAUCAGUCGAUAUGCUGUUGAACGUAUUGGAAGUCAUAGCUCCUUUCAAGCAUUUCACCAAACUUCGGAAGUUCGUGCAAAUGAAACUGCCUCCCGGAUUUCCGGUUAAAAUUGACAUCCCGGUUCUAGCAACAGUCACUGCCACAAUCACUUUCCAAGAAUUUAGUUUUAGGAAUGAUAUACCUUCCGAGUUAUUUGAAAUUCCAGUCCAUUAUGUUGAAGACCCCCACAGGUUUCCAGAUUUAUGAUGUCCAGAUCAAGUGACUAUAUUGGAAUGGCAAAAGAAGGAAACUCUAUCUCUAGAGAUCCCUGUUGUCAAUAAUGAAUGUGUAAUUUUUAUGGCUCCAUCAUCAGCAGUAUCUUACGAGCUCUAGCAAUCGUAGGAAGCUACCGAUGUCAGAGCUACUUCGUAUGAUCGACGUGACGUCCAUUUUGUAACUGUGUGUGUUAUUAACAAUGUGGUUGGUGCUUGCGUGGUUUUUAUCUCGUAUUGAUGCACCUGGUUUUGCAUUCUGAUGAUAGUUAUUUGUCAACAACCUCAUUACUCUCUUUCUUGCACAAUAUCAGGUACUUUGUUAUUUGAGUUUGUUAUCAUUUUUGGCUGUGUUUUGCUCCCUAUCGGUUUUCUAACCCUUUAUAAUUUUACAGAAAAACCAAAUUCUCCGGUUCCAAAAUUUAGUUACCAAAAGUUACCAAAAAUUUGUAUUGGCAUUGGUAACUUUGUAGUUACGUUUUCAUUUUGACAUCUCCGUGUUUUCUUGCAUUUCUGAAACUCUAAUGUCACUAUGUUUUGAAUUUUAUUGCGAGCCUUUUAAAGCGUCAGGGCUGCCACAAGGGAACUGUCACCCAUUCAUAAAACCACUUUGUUGUCUCACAAUGUAAAGGAGACAAGAAAAAGAAAAAACACAUAAAGAAGUGUCUAAGACCUUUUUAAAAUUCUAACAGAACUCUUCCCCCGCAAGUUGUCAGAAAGCAAUUUUCCUAACCAUAGCAGUGGCAAAUUGUUCUAGAUUGCUGAAAAAUUUAAUUUCUUUAUAGUAGUAAUGUGGUUUCAGAGCAAUUCACAUACCCCAAAUUAAAAAUAUAGUAAUAUCCAUUCGAGGGAGAAAAGGGCACCUUUUCAACCUAGCAUUCCUAGGGAAUAAAUGGUUUACAUAGCCCUUGCGACAACCCUGAUAUUAUGUAUUCUUAGUCUUGUGAUGGCCAAAGAAAAAUUUCAUCAAAAUGGCUCAUUUAUCAAUUUUUUUAAAGAAUGUAAUGAAGAUACUAAGUUUUCGAACUAAGCAACAAAUGACUAAUGACAAUACGAA